GGAAAUGUGCUCAACUGUGUGUGGGCAAUGACACUUGUGCCUGCCUCAAAGGCUACAAACUCAAACCAGAUGGAAAGAGCUGUGAGGAUAUCAACGAGUGUUUGCUGGGUGCCAGCAACUGUCGGGGAGGAGAGCGUUGUAUCAACACAGUGGGCUCAUUCCGUUGUCAGAGAGAGGUCAGCUGUGGGACUGGCUAUGAACUCACUGACAACAACAAUUGCAAAGAUAUUGAUGAGUGUGAGACCGGUAUCCACAACUGUGGUACAGAGUUUGAGUGUCAAAACACACAGGGGUCGUUCCGUUGUGUCCCUAAGGUCAAGUGUGGUGCCGGCUUUAUCCAGGAUGCCCUCGGCAGCUGCAUUGAUAUCAAUGAAUGUGUUACGCAGACAAGCCCAUGCCACCGAGGGCAGCUCUGUAUCAACACAGUUGGCUCCUACACCUGCCAGAGGAACUCUGUUAACUGUGGUCGAGGAUACCACCUCAAUGAAGAUGGCACACGCUGUGUUGAUAUUGAUGAGUGUAAGGGCCCUGAAGUCGUCUGUGCAGGUCAUGGUUGUAUCAACAUGCUGGGCUCUUACCGCUGUGAGUGUGAGACUGGCUACAACUUCAACAGCUUCAGUCGAGUUUGUGAGGAUAUUAAUGAAUGCAGGCACUACCCUGGUCGCCUGUGUGCCCAUAAGUGUGAGAACUCUUUGGGAUCCUACAAGUGUAGCUGCACCACUGGCUUCAAGCUAGCCGGUGAUGGCAGGAAUUGUGACGAUUUAAAUGAGUGUGACAGCAACCCAUGCAGUCAAGAGUGUGCCAACGUGUAUGGUUCCUACCAGUGUUACUGUCGCCGUGGCUACCAGCUCAAUGACAUAGAUGGCAUGACUUGUGAAGAUAUAGAUGAGUGUGCCCUGCCCACUGGAGGUCAUAUUUGCUAUCGCUGUCACAACACCCCUGGCAGCUUCUACUGUUCCUGUCCCGUCAGUGGCUACACCUUGGCACCCAAUGGGCGCAGCUGUCAAGAUAUUGAUGAAUGCGUGACGGGAACACACACAUGCACAGAGAAUCAGAGCUGCUUUAAUGUACAGGGAGGAUUCAGAUGCCUGUCCUUUGAGUGUCCAAACAACUACCGGCGCGUUGGAGAGACUCGAUGUGAACGCUUGCUUUGCAAUGAGUCUGUCGAGUGCCUGGCCAUGCCCCUGAGAAUAACCUUCUACUACCUCACCUUCCCCACCAACAUCCCCAUCUUCACCAACAUCUUCCGCAUGGGCCCCACCCACACCGUGGUCGGAGAUGACAUCCAGAUUGCUAUCACCACUGGCAACGAGGGUGGUUUCUUCCAGACGGAGCGUGUGCCCACCGGCGGGGUGAUGUCAGUGGCAAAGCUCAUCAACAAGCCACAGGACUUUGAGCUGUCUCUGGAGCUGAGGCUGCGUCGCUAUGGCACGCUCAGCAUAUACAUGGCUAAAGUUUUGGUGUUUGUUACCAGGAGGAGCCCAGAGUACCUUACAAUCCCCUACUAGAAUAAACACAAGAGUUAUGUAGGGUUACACAAGUUACUACACAAUGAAAGGAUGUUUCAUUUUAAAUGCAUUGUCUCAUUGAGAAGACGGAAAAAGUUGAUCCUCACAACGCAAAAUGCAUGCAAGAUGCGCAUAUAGUAUGUUCAUAGCAAAGCAUGGUGAAGACUACUAUAUGUUGUAAAUUAUAAAUGAUUACAGAUCAUACUACAUAGAUUAGGUACAUAUAAAUGGAAUAAAUUGAUAUUAUAAAAACAAAAUUUUUCUCUAUAAACAAAAAUCAUUAAUGUUUUUUCAUUCAUGGAAUGAUGCAUUCGAAAUGUCGGUAAACUGUAUUGGCUAAUGGGCUGAUUAUCCAGGUUGGGCCCCAACCAUUGUGGGACCCCUGUUCAUGAUUCUGUCUUCUUUAAAGAAACAAAUUUAUUUCAUAAUAUGGAUUUUAAAAAAGCCCAUUUCAGUUGA